AUGAGGUUACUGCAGCGCGAUGAUGCAGGCAACUACAGCCUCACUCCCGACCUCGCUGCUGAUGAUGUUCACCCGUACGCGAUCCUUUCCCACACCUGGGGACUCGACGAGGUAGUCUUUGCCGACCUUGCGAAGACGCCUGGUGAUUGGCAACAUAAACCCGGCUUCGACAAGAUCAAGUUCUGCGCCGAACAGGCCCAAAAACAUGGGCUGCGACAUUUCUGGGUCGACACCUGCUGCAUUGACAAAUCGAAUAGCAUUGAGCUGCAGACAGCGAUUAACAGUAUGUUCCGGUGGUACCGCGAUGCGAAACGAUGCUACGUCUACCUUCCUGAUGUGUCUAAACCCGCGGCUUCUGGCCAACACCAGAGGACGGUGCCAUGGGAUGAGGCAUUUCGAAAGAGCAGAUGGUUUACACGUGGAUGGACGCUCCAAGAGCUUAUCGCCCCGAAGACAGUUGACUUCUAUUCGAAAGAGGGGGCUUGGCUAGGCGACAAGCGGUCCUUAGAGCCUUUGAUACGCGAAAUUACAGAAAUUCCUCCGACUGCUCUCCGUGGUACACCUUUGGCCGAUUUUACCGUCUUGGAACGAGAGGCAUGGGUCCGCGACCGUCAAACGAAAUACGAUGAGGAUAUGGUGUAUUCGCUUCUAGGGAUCUUCAACGUAUACUUGUUGCCAAACUAUGGCGAAGGGAGAGAAAACGCACAGAGGCGUUUGCGAGAAGAGGUCCAGAAAGUUGUAAUAGGAACCGGUAUGAACGAUUUCUCCGCUGCCUUCAGUCUGUUCGAAGUCCCCGAGAUACAACAGUUUGUGGCAAGAGAGGAGGAAAUAGCAGAGAUGCGGACAAGUCUACGCUCAGAUGGAAGCCGUCGCUCCGUCGUUCUCCACGGCCUCGGCGGCAUUGGUAAAACACAGCUCGCCGUAGCAUAUACGAAGCAAUACCGAGAUGAAUAUUCCGCCAUAUUCUGGUUCAAUAUCAAGGAUGAAGCCGCUAUUCAGCAGAGCUUUACGAAAGUCGCGAGGCAGAUUCUACAACAACAUCCUGACGCCGACCGAUUAAGUGCACUAGACCUGCAGCAAAAUCACAAGGAGGUGGUCGAAGCUGUGACGGCCUGGUUCAGCUUGCCAGGCAAUACGAGGUGGCUUCUUGUGUAUGACAACUACGAUAACCCGAGGUUGGCUGGUCGUCAGGAUGAUACGACAAUUGAUAUAACCUGGUUUCUUCCUCAAGCGUACCAGGGCUCGGUAAUUAUUACGACGCGAUCGUCACAAGUCAGCAUAGGCAAUCAAAUUCGAAUCAAAAAGCUUGAUUCAAUUAACAAGAGUCUCCAGAUUCUGUCAACAACCUCAGGCCGAUAUGACUUGCAGGAUGACGUUUAUGCUCGAAAUCUUGCUAAAGAACUUGACGGACUUCCUCUUGCACUUGCCACGGCUGGAGCUUACCUAAGGCGUGUUUCAAUAAGCUUUGAGGAUUACCUUCGUCUCUAUAAAGACUCAUGGGUCAGACUCCAUGCAAGCACGCCAAGCUUAGGCUCUUACCAAGACCGGACGCUCUGCUCCACGUGGCAACUUUCGUACGACCAGAUCCAAGGACAAAACCGACUCGCAGCUCAUUUACUCCAAUGGUGGGCCUAUUUCGACAACGAAGAUAUAUGGUUCAAACUCCUCCAACCUAAUGAUGAGGAUGGGCCGGCGUGGAUAUACGAUUUGGCUGAUGAACUCAAGUUCAAUAAUGCUCUGGGCACACUAUGUGACUACGGGCUUGCCGAAACGCAUAUAUCGACAGAUAAAUCUCUCGGAUCAACAGGAUACAGCAUUCAUGCUUGCGUACAUAGCUGGACUAUUAAUGUGUUGAAUGAAGAUUGGGACGUUGAUCUGGCUAAGCUUGCGCUGGAAUGCGUAGCUGCGCGUGUUCCAUCACAGGAUGAGCCUCAAUUCUGGACUCUUCGAAGGCGACUUCUUUCACAUGCCACAAAAUGUGGCGCUGGGGUCUGGGACAGCGAUGAAGGUAUAGAAUGGGCAUUAUAUAACCUAGGUCUCCUUUACUGCGACCAAGGCAAGAUGCAAGAGGCCGAGGAGAUGUACUUGCGGGCGCUUCGAGGGCACGAGAAGGCGUGGGGACCGGAUCACACGUCGACACUCGUCACGGUCAACAACUUAGGUGUCCUUUACUCCGACCAAGGCAAGAUGCAAGAGGCCGAGGAGAUGUACUUGCGGGCGCUUCGAGGGCACGAGAAGGCGUGGGGACCGGAUCACACGUCGACACUCGUCACGGUUAACAACCUAGGGAACCUUUACUCCGACCAAGGCAAGAUGCAAGAGGCCGAGGAGAUGUACUUGCGGGCACUUCGAGAGAAGGAGAAGGCGUGGGGACCGGAUCACACGUCGACACUCGACACGGUUAACAACCUAGGGAACCUUUAUAAAGCCCAAGGCAAGAUGCAAGAGGCCGAGGAGAUGUACUUGCGGGCGCUUCGAGAGAAGGAGAAGGCGUGGGGACCGGAUCACACGUCGACACUCGACACGGUUAACAACCUAGGGAACCUUUACUCCGACCAAGGCAAGAUGCAAGAGGCCGAGGAGAUGUACUUGCGGGCGCUUCGAGGGCACGAGAAGGCGUGGGGACCGGAUCACACGUCGACACUCUCUACGGUCAACAACUUAGGUGUCCUUUACUCCGACCAAGGCAAGAUGCAAGAGGCCGAGGAGAUGUACUUGCGGGCGCUUCGAGGGUACGAGAAGGCUAUAGGGCCCCAACAUAUCGCUAGAUAUCGGCCAGCAAUCAAUACAUUAUGGGGCUUUGGGGCCUUAUUAUGGAGACAGGGCAGACCAGUCGAGGCGAGAACAUAUUAUCAACGCGCUUACGACAAUCUUAAGGCACUCCUUGGAUCCCAACAUCACGACGUCCAAUCACUGCACGAAGUUUUAGCGGACCUAAACCACAACAUUCAUAGUAAGUUAGUAUCCAGAAGCUAG